AUGCUUGUUUUUCAUCGUCAUUCUAUUCAGGAAGAAACUGAGGACAAGAGGAUGGCCGCCAAUCGAGCAGCUUGGUUCUUGCUCUGCUGGGAGCACCAGGCAGCUCAGGCGGCUCUGAGGCCGCCGCCCCCUUGCCGCGCGGCCCGUGCGGGCCCCAGACGCCCGCAGGCUCCCGCAGACCCCACUCUCGCCGCCUCUGCGCCAGGCCGCUCAGCGCCAUCUUUGAGCCUGGCGUCCGUGCUCACUUCCGUCCUUCACUUUCUUCAAGAGAGACUGCGCCUGCCCCAAGAUGUCUCUUUUGAGAACAGGGGAAGGCGCUGUGACCGGUCCAAAAAUGGCGCCAUCAGUCUCACCUUCCCUGUCUUCCGCUCCUGGAAGCGCGGGGAGCGAAGGCCGCUGCACCAGGCGGGAAGCGCGGGUGCCGUGGCGCUGGCGACCGGCGGGACUGCGAGCGCCGAGGGGCCCGGGCGCCCGGGGUCGCUGCAGGACGAGACCCUGGGCGUGGCGUCGGUGCCCUCGCAAUGGAGGGGCGUCCAGGGCAUCUGCAGGGAGACGAAAAGUUGCCAGACAGCCAGCAUUGCCACUGCUGAAGCAUCUGCCCAGGUCCGGAAGCAUGCAGAUGCCCAGGUGCAGACGGAGGCCCCUGUGCCAGUUACUGUGCUGCCUCUGUCCCAGCAUGACACCUCGCGGCUGACAGCCUUUCUCCGGAGGGUGGAGGCCAUGGUCAUCCGAGAACUAAACAAGAACUGGCAGAGCCACGCCUUCGAUGGCUUCGAGGUGAACUGGAUGGAACCACAGCAGACGGUGUCCUGUCUGCAUACCCUGGGCUACCCCCCUGCACAAGGGCAGGGUCUGCAUGUGACCAGCGUUUCAUGGAAUGCCACCGGCUCCGUGCUGGCCUGUGCAUACGGUCGGCUGGAUGAUGGGGACUGGAGCACACUCAAGUCCUUCGUGUGCGCCUGGAACCUGGACCGGCGAGGCCUGAACCCCCAGCAGCCGUCGGCGGUGGUGGAGGUGCCCAGCGCAGUCAUGUGCCUCGCCUUCCACCCCACGCAGCCCUCCCACGUCGCAGGAGGGCUCUAUAGCGGCGAGGUGGUGGUGUGGGACAUGAGCCGUUCUGAGGACCCUCUGCUCUGGCGCACUGGCCUGACAGAUGACACCCACACAGACCCUGUGUGCCAGGUCAUUUGGCUGCCGGAACCUCGGCACAGCCACCGCUUCCGGCUACUGAGCGCAGCCGCGGACGGGAAGGUGCUGCUCUGGCAGGGGGCCGGCACAGGCCAGCUGCAGCUUGCCGAGGGCUUCGCCCUGCUGGUCCAGCAGCUGCCGCGAAGCACCAAACUGAAGAAGCCUUCGCGGGGUGAGACCGAGGUGGGCGUCACAGCUGUGGCCUUCUCCAGCUUUGACUCCAGCCUUUUCAUUCUGGGCACGGAAGGCGGAUUCCCACUCAAGUGUUCCCUGGCAGCAGAAGAGGUGGCCCUCACGCGGAUGCCCAGCUCCGUGCCCCUGCGGGCCCCAGCACAGUUCACGUUCUCUCCCCACGGGGGUCCUGUCUACUCUGUGAGCUAUUCACCCUUCCACAGGAACCUGUUCCUGAGCGCAGGAACGGACGGCCACAUCCACCUGUACUCCGUGCUGCAGGCCCAGCCCCUGACCUCGCUGCAGCUGUCCCACAAGUAUCUUUUUGCAGUGCGCUGGUCUCCUGUGCGUCCCCUGGUUUUUGCAGCUGCUUCUGGGGAAGGUGAUGUGCAGCUGUUUGAUCUCCAGAAAAGCUCCCAGAAGCCCACAGUGUCCAUUGUGCAAACCCAGGACGGAAGCCCCGUCUACUGUCUGGAAUUCAACAGUCAGCAGACCCAGCUCUUGGCUGCCGGUGAUGCCAAUGGCACAGUGAAGGUGUGGCAGCUGAGCACAGCAUUCACUGAACAAGGGCCCCGAGAAACAGAAGACCUGGACCAGCUGGCAGCGGAGGUGGCCACCUGAGGGCACAAGGAGCAGUGGGGACAGGUGUCCCCACCGGGGAAGCAGUGGGGUGAGGCGGUCAAGCGGUUUCUGAUGUGAGCUGAAUGAAGAGGAGCAGAGCUUUUUUGGGGGGGGGAAGAGGCAAGUCUUUAUUUGUCUUUUACAUGAAAACAAAAUUUGGGGGAGGGAGAGAGCACAAGAAGGGAGCGAGCCGGCCGCUUGGAUUUUUCUAUGUCGGAAUGAGGGCAGCCGGCUCAGACGUGGAGCUGGGUCCCCACAGCAACCUGGUGAUUGUGACUGACCAGAAGCGGUUUAUUAAAGCACCAUUUUCAACUAAGUCUUACCCAAGCUAAGCACAGGCUGUGGUCACACUGGGAAGGAACACUGUCCCGAGAGCACAGAGGAGUCGACAUGCAGCGGGGCCCUGGCGGGGCAAGCGGUGGGGUCGGGCUGGCGGGUCAGUUCACAAAGAGCGAGCGGGUGAACUCGACGUAGUCGAAGGCAGUGGGAAGUUCGCGGCCCUUGCCGUCCACGUAGGGCUUCAUGUGGGAGACGCAGUAGUCCGCCUGUUCCCGGGUCAGG